AUGCUGAAUACAGCAGCACAAAAGAGCUUGGAUAAAUUGUCUUCACAUAUGAGGUUCAACCCAACAAACGACGAUUAUUCCUACCUGCACAUUGGCAAAUUAUUUUGCCCAUCAGCAGCAGCGGCCGUGACCACAUCGUCUCUGGACACCAACUCAACACUGGAGAUCUUCUCCAGAAUAUCAUUUUUCAGGGAUAUACCACAGGAUGAACCCUUAAGUGGAUAUGCUCAUUUCCAUAGACAACUCGUCAAUGUGGUUCAGCAAGAAGCUCCUGUUAAUGACAGGCAGAUUUUACUUGCAUCAAAAUGUUGCUACCUGAGGUUCGAGAAUGCAUCUAUAAAAAGUCUUCAUAGCCCAGUCAACAGUGUAGAUGCUGAAAGAUAUUUCAGUAUCUACAAUGUCGUCAUAAAUGACCGAAGGCAAAUACUUGAGCAAGAAAAUAUAGAGACAACCACGAUGUUAGCUUUUAACUAA